AUGACGCCGUCGUGGCUGCCAGCCGCCAGCGCCGCCGCCGCCGCCGCUGCCGCCGCCGCCGCAACCGUGUACCUGCUGCGGCGCAGCCGACUUCCUCCUCGUGGCGAGCUGCAGCCGGAGCUCGGCGCCGACGCUUCACUCCUCCGCCGCCUGCUGCAUGUGAUCGAGCACGAGAUCCUGCCAAAGACGCGGGCCGAGGUGGCGGAGGGCAACAAGGUGUUUGGCGCUGCGAUCCUCAACGCGAGCUUCGACACCGUGAUAGCCGAGACCAACCACGAGACGGCGUGCCCAAUCUUCCACGGCGAGAUCUACACUAUCGACCGCUGGGCUGCGCUGUGCAACAAGCCGCCGCCACAGGAGUCGGUAUUCCUGGCCACGCACGAGCCCUGCUGCCUGUGCAUAAGCGCCAUCGUCUGGACCGGCUUCCGCCGGUGCUUUUACCUGUACCCUUACGAGACGACGAAGCAGCAGGGCAUCCCGCACGACCUCAACAUCAUGUACGAGCUCUGGCGGGUCGAGCGCUACCAGGAGCGCAACGCGCUCUGUUCGACCGCGGGCCUGCUGCCGCUGAUUGACGCCCUUCCUCCCGGCGACGACAAGGCGGAGCUCGAGGCGACGGUGGCGCGCAUCACUAAGCAGUACGACCUGCUUGCGUGCAAGUACCACUCUGAGAAGGCGGCCAACCCAAACAACAAAAUGGCAUUCAACUGACACUAUUAUUGGGAGAGAGGAGAGGCGGCAGGGCUGCCGCCCCGGCUCGCGCGGCGCGAGCGCGGCGCUCGAGCGCGCGGCGUGUGUAUUUCGAGGUCUGUGUGGAGUAUUUUGGAUCGAGGCUUGGCGGUUCGGGCCGAGCAGCUUUACCAAUGCAUGUACGAUGUUCGAUUAUGAAGGGGUGGCUUUCGUGUGAAACUCGUGAGCGGGUGCUGUGCCUGAAAUAAAUAGUCA